AUUUCAUCCACCCACCACCUUUGACAAUAUGCAAGUAGUAGUUUUUUAAAACUCUCUUAUGUGCUCCUAUAUAUACUUAGCUAAUACUCCAUUGUUCAAGCUAGAUACCCAACUUUAACCAAUAAAAUUUUGUUGGUAUCUCCAAUUUUAAAGUUCAUCUUCUUCCCUUAUUUUCUCCAUUUUCUCUCUCCUUUGACUUUACACCACCUUCUUUCGGCGUUUGUCGUCUUCGCGUUGUUCCCUCCAUAGCUCCACCAGAAGCUCCACAUACUUCUUACUCAUGUUAUCAAAAGACCCAAAGUUAUUUGUUCACUUUAAUAAGGUAUUCUUACGAUGACUCAAGUUUGAACUAUGACAAAGAUGUAUUGUGUACGUGGGUCAAUAAUAUUCUUUUAGUUUAAGGACUGUGUAAGAUUAUUAUUGUAUCUGUAGGAACAUAACCCACAAGUUUAAGGAUAAUUUCUGCUGUAAAUUAUGAUUAGUUACAGUUAAUUAAGAUUAUGAAAGUCGGGGCGUUACACAUACUUUCCAUGGAUACAAAGAUGGAGAGCAAGGAUGUAGCUCAAGCUGAACCACCUAAACCAGAAGACAUUAAAAGACGACGUCGUCGCGCCAGGAGCUGCCAUGAUCAAAUAGUUUCAAUGGUGCGAAGAUCAUUAAGAGGUCUAAUGAUCAAUGGAUCAGGAUUAUGUGGGAAGAAUAAAAAUAUGGAUGAAGAAGUGGCUUUCCAUGAUAUAAGAGGUGUAGAAUUUUCAGAUGGUCAACCCAAUCCAAACCCAAAAGUGUUUAGUUUUGCUGAGCUUUAUAUUGGAACUAAUGGUUUCAGUGAAGAUCAGGUUCUUGGAAGUGGUGGAUUUGGUAAAGUUUUCAAGGCUGAAUUACCGAGUGAUGGCACACUUGUUGCUGUCAAAUGUUUGCUCAAUAAUAAGGCAGCAUCAACAGAUAUUGAUAAGAGUUUCGCGGCUGAGUUGGUUGCUGUGGCUCAUUUACGCCAUAGGAAUCUGGUGAGGUUAAGGGGUUGGUGUGUGCAUGAGUAUCAGCUGCUGCUGGUUUAUGAUUACAUGCCUAACAGAAGUCUUGACAGGGUCCUGUUCAAGAAUAACUCCAACUCCAACUCCGACACCAUUCUUCUUGAUUUUCGAAAGAGGAGUAACAUAGUCCUUGGUUUGGCUGCUGCCUUAUUUUAUCUGCAUCAGCAGCUGGAGACUCAGAUCAUACACAGAGAUAUCAAAACGAGCAACGUUAUGCUCGACUCACACUACAAUGCCAGGCUUGGUGACUUUGGCCUUGCACGUUGGCUUGAGCAUGAUCUUCACCAACCAGUGCAGGAUUACCAACUUCAUACACCAGUGGUAGGACCUACUACUACUCAAAAGAACACCCCCAAUACUCUGUCCUCUUCUAGGAGAUCAACAGAUUAUCAAUUUCGACUUGCAGAAACUAGCAGGAUUGGCGGAACUAUAGGGUACCUUCCUCCUGAAAGCUUCCAGAAGCGCUACAUUGCCACUGCGAAGUCUGAUGUUUUUAGCUUUGGGAUUGUGGUCUUGGAAGUUGCUUCUGGUAGAAGAGCUGUUGAUCUUACAUAUCCUGAUAAUAAGAUCAUUAUGUUGGAUUGGGUUCGACGAUUGGCUGAUAAUGGUAAGAUGCUAAGAGCUGCAGAUCCUCGACUGUCUGAUGGAUCUUACCAGCUUUAUGACAUGGAGCGCUUGAUCCAUUUGGGACUUCUUUGUACCCUUCACAAUCCCAAAUCACGCCCUCACAUGAAAUGGGUUCUGGAUGCCCUUUGUGGAAACCUUUCGGGCAAACUCCCAUCCCUCCCUUGUUUUAAGACACACCCUCUUUAUAUCUCCAUGUCCAGCAGCAGCAGCUCAUCCGACACCAGCAGAGUGAACCCUGCUGUCAACUCUACCAGUACUACUACUACUACCGUCUCUGAAUCAUCUAUUUCAACUAUCUAUAUUACAGCUGCCGGGAAAACCAUAUUUAUAACAGCUGAAGGUAUUCCGGAUAACAAAGAGGGUUCUAUUGUUGCGGAUACAGAGAGUAAGGGCAGUCUGCCUGCUAAGAACUCCUUCCCCCUUCCAGUUGUUGAGACACCAAGGGAGAUAUCAUACAAAGAGAUUGUUUCUGCAACGCGCAAUUUCUCAGACAAAAACAGGGUGGCAGAGGUAGAUUUUGGGACUGCUUACCAAGGAUUCCUCGAAAAUAGUCAUCAUGUCUUGGUGAAGCGGCUUGGAAUGAAAACCUGCCCUGCCCUACGAGCCCGGUUCUCAACUGAGCUCCAGAAUGUGGGAAGGCUUCGUCAUCGCAAUCUAGUACAGCUGCGUGGCUGGUGCACAGAGCAAGGAGAAAUGCUCGUCGUCUAUGAUUACUUAGCCAGCCGCCUCCUCACCCAUUUGUUGUUUCAUAACAACUUCAAGGUCCUGCAAUGGCAUCAUCGUUACAAUAUAAUAAGAUCACUUGCAUCCGCUAUAGUGUACCUCCAUGAGGAAUGGGAUGAACAAGUUAUCCAUAGGCAUAUUACCUCUUCUUCUAUAAUAGUCGAUCCAGACAUGAAUCCUAGGCUCACCAGCUUUGCACUUGCUGAGUUCUUGACAAGAAAUGAGCAUGGGCAUCAUGUGGACAGCACAGAUAAUUCAGUUCGAGGGAUCUUUGGGUACAUGUCACCCGAGUAUAUGGAGUCUGGAGAAGCAAACACUGCAGCUGAUGUUUAUAGCUUUGGUGUUGUGGUGCUUGAGGUGGUCACUGGACAGAUGGCUGUUGAUUUUCGGCAUCCUGAGGUGCUAUUAGUCAAAAGGAUCCGUGAAUUUGAGGCUACAGACAGGGCUUUAGAAGAGUUGGCAGAUUCACAGUUGGAUGGAGAGUAUGACCAUCAAGAAUUUGUAAGACUGCUAAAACUAGGAUUGGAAUGUACACAUUCUAAUCCACAUUUACGACCAAGUAUGAGACAGGUUACUAGCAUACUCGAUGGUAACAGUUUGUGCUUCAUCCAAGGUUGCACGGAGAGAAUCGGUGAUUGGAAACGAGCAAAUGCCUAUUCAUUGUCAAUGAUUAGAAGAAUUCAGGCAUUAGGAAUCCAAUAAUUAACUGAUUCAAAUCACUCAUGGAGAUACAAUGUACAGCCUACAGAGUAAGAUAGUGUUUGUAAUAGUUUGUCGUUGUCCCUACUACUGUGUUGUAGCUAUAACCCGUAGUUGUGUGUCCCAAUUUACUGGCAUACUAGAUAUGCUAUGCAGCAUACAACUGCAAUUAGAACGAAAUUCGCUUAUAUUAAUAUGCAAUUGCAUUGCAUAUAUAGUGUACAAAUAGAUGGUGUAAUUCAAAUUUUGUCACUUGUCUCUA